GUGCGUACAGCGCACGAUGAUCGCUUAAGCAAAACUUGCUGCAGUAUUCUCUUUUUAUAUUCAAUAACGCAAGUGUCACAUAAUAGCCCUGCUUAUCCCUAUAGCCUACCAGGAUCUUGCAAGAAAAUGUUCUCAUAAUAACAUAAGCUCGUUCCAGGGGCCACACAGUAACCAUGUCUGAUAACGAGGACCUUGAGGAUAACUUAGCCGACCAGCAGCACGAGAACGAAGAUGCCGAGGAGGGCGCUGGUGCUGAGGGCGACGAUGGCGAGGGGGCGGCGGGCCUAGUCGAGGGGGAAGCAGAUGAUGAAGACGAAGCAGAGUAUCAGGACUCCUCGGAGGAGGAUGAGGACGAGGAGCAGAAUGAAUACGAGGAGGAUGGCUUCAUCGUGAACGAUGCUGAGGAGGAAGAGGAAGAAGAGGAGGAAGUGAAAAGGCGGGAUAUAUCCAAGAGGCGGAAAAAGAAGAAGCGGGGUCGGGACCUCCGACUUGACGACGAAGACUAUGACCUCCUUGAGGAAAAUCAAGUGGUGGGCAUCCGCCGCCCCACCGGCCGCAAGCGCCUCAAGAGCAAAGCGGAUGAUGCGCGCAAGGCGACCGACGCAGCGGACAUUCAGAAGGAGCUGUUCGGAUACGAAGAGCUGGAGGAUGAGGUGGAGGAGGCGGGCGGGCAGGACAUGGGCCGGGACACCUACGAGCAGGGCGAUUACGAGGACUUUGACGACCAGGAUGACGGCCUGGGUGACUUCAUCGUGGAGGGAGACGGCACGGCGCCGCGGCGGCACCGGCGGGGACCCACCAGCAUCCCGGGGGUUAGCAGCAGGGCCAUGCAGGAUGCAUUUGAGAUCUUCGGUGACGUGGACGCCCUGAUGGACAUGUACGAGGCGGCCAAGCAGAAGCCCGCAGCGGGGGGCCCGGGGGGCGGGGAGGCGGGCGCGGAUGAGGAGGAGGGAGAGGGGGAGGAGGAGGAGUACGGGGAGGACGAUGAUGAGGCGGCAGCGGAGGCGCGGCGGCAGCGGCGGCAGCAGAAGCAGCGGGAUAAGACCUACAAGCAAGCUAUGAAGGUGAUGGACCCCGAGCAGCUGGCGCGGGCGCACCUGCGGCCCGAGGACCAGGAGAUCAAGGACCGCGACAUGCCGGAGAGGCUGCAGGAGACGCUGGGUCCCGACGGCGGCGGCCCCAGCGGCGGCAUGGACCUGGAUGCGGCCGCGGAGUGGAUCUACCGCACCAUGCGGGAGGCCAACAGCCCGGAGUGGCAGCUGCUGGCGCGGGGGGUGGAGGAGAUCGACGGCACGUACGACAGCAGCACUGCCAGCGGCCGUGUGGAUGACCCGCGGGCCGGCGAGCAGCGCGGCGAGGUGGAGGGCGACGACGUGCUGGGCGGGCCGCGGGAGGCGCUGCUGCGGCUGAGCUUCCACCGGGCCAUCCUGAUGCCGCGCAGCGAGGACGGCAUCCAGCGCUGGAGCGAGGAUGAGACGCGGCAUGGGAGGGUCAAGGCGGCGAUUCGGCAGGUGCUUACCCAGUUUUUCGAGCGGCACGAGGAGGUGCCGCUGGUGGCCAUGUACCGCAAGGAGCUGGCGGGGCCGCUGCUGGCCAUGGGCGGCGAGGACGUGCCGCUGGUCACCAGCCAGGAGGAGCUGGAGCGACAGCGGGACAAGCGGCACAAGCGGCACUACGACCAGGGCUUCGUGCAGCCGCACCACAGGAGGAUCAGGAGGUGGGCGGUGCUGUGGGCUGUGUUCGACUCGGCGCUCCGCUUCCGCUCGCUGGUGCAGCGCCGUGACCGUGCCGCCGCCGCGCUGGCUCGCAGCCGGGAGCUGCUGCACGCGGCGCUGGCGGAGGUGGCGGACCCGGCGGGGGAGCGGGCGGCGCAGCUGGACUUCGACCUGCGGGCGCUGGACGACUGCGGGGAGGCGCUGCAGGCUGCCGGCACCGCCGAGGCGCUGAGUGACGUGCAGCAGCGCAUGAACCAGGUGCUGUCCUCCUACCCCGAGGUGCAGAUGGCGGCGCUGUCCAUCAGCAGCGGGGCGGCAGCGGCAGCAGCGGGGGGAGGGGGGCCGGGAGCAGCGGGGGCGACGAGGAGGCCGAACAGGGGCGCGGCGAACAGGGCGGCCAGGCUGAUCGGUGUGCAGGAGCUGGUAGCGGACUUCUGCCUGCCCCCGCAGCAGUUCGUGGCCAACCUGUCGGAGGCGGGGCACGGCGGCCUCACGCACGAGCCGCCCACCCCCGUCGCCCCCGUGCUGGAGUGGGCGCAGGCGGCGCUGGCCAGCCUGCAGGAGCGGCACCCGGAGAGCGCCUCCUUCUCCGCCUACACCCCCGAGAACCUGGUGAGCCAGGUGCGCCUGACCGCGGUGGCCAACCUGGUGAACGACUCGGGGCUGCGCAACUUCCUGCGCCAGGAGUUCUACGGCAGCGCGGUGGUGAGCUGCGAGGCCACGGAGGCGGGCGAGGCGGUGCUGGACCCCUUCCACAAGUACGCGCUGGCUGCCCGGCUGCGCAAGAAGCCGGUCACCCGCUUCGGCGGCAGCGACCUGAUGCUGCGGCUGGACGCGGCGCACCGGGAGCGGCUGGCGGUGCUGCGGCUGCACCUGGACAAGGGCGUGCAGGAGAAGCUGGUGGGGGAUGUGGCGGAGCUGUUCCAGUCCACCGACCGCGGUGCCGUUGCGCAGCAGUGGAACGCGCUGCGCCGCGAGAUCAUCAACACGGCGCUGGAGGAGCACCUGCUGCCCGCCUUCCGCACGCACUUCACUGCCAAGCUGCUGGCGGAGGCGCGGGAGCAUGCGCUGAGGCAGUACGCUGACGCGCUGUGGCAGGUGGCCACCGCGGGCCCACUGCGGCUGCCGCUGGCGGACGCAGAGGACGAGUUCCUGACCAACCCGCGACUCUGCAUCGUGGUGUACGGCAACCAGGAGAUCAACCCCGCCACCGGCCACCCCAACAACACCGCCGUUGUGUUCCUCAACGAGCUGGGCAACCUGGUGGACUUCUUCUUCGCGGGCCAGCUGUCGGGCAACAUCCGCCGCAGCGGGCAGGGGGCGGGCGCCGUGUUCACGGACCCGGCGAAGAGCAAGGACGCCGCCCGCAUCCGCGAGAAGCUGCUGGAGCACCUGCCUCACGCGGUGCUGGUGGGCAUGUGUGCACCCGCGUGCCGGCAGCUGCAGGAGGACAUACGCAACAUCGCGGACUCGCUGCUGGAGCACAGCGCGGAGGCCCUGCAAGACCACGAGACCCGCGGCAUCUACUGCUACCCCGUCGACGAGAAGCUGGCAGCGCUGUGGGAGAACAGCGGCGCGGCGCGUCAGGAGCUGCGGGAGCACGCGCCCCUGGUGCGGCGGGCGGUGGGGCUGGGCAGGGGCGCGCUGGACCCGCUGGCGCUGCUGGCGGCGCUGUGCGGGCCGGACAGGGAGGUCCUCUCCCUCAACGUGUACGACAUGCAGGAUGCGCUCGGCAAGGACGAGCGCAUGGCGGCAGUCACCCGGGUCAUGGUCACUGCCACAGCGCAGGUGGGUGUUGACGUGAACCUGGCCUGCAACGUGGCGUGGCGCUCCGAGCUGCUUCAGUUCGUGCCGGGGCUGGGACCGCGCAAGGCGGGGGCGCUGCUGGCGGCACUGACUCGGAACCGCAACAAGGCGGAGAGCCGCAGCAUGCUGUACAAGGACCUGGGGGUGAUGGGCAAGGUGGUGUUCAGGAACGCCGGCCCCUACCUGCGCGUGCAAAAGGUCCCCGGCAUCCGGCACCUGGAGAACCUGUCCUUCCGCACGCUGGACGGCUCGCGCAUCAGCCCCGAGAUGUACCGCCUGGCCAUCCAGCUGGCGCAGGCGGCGGGAGGGGGCGGCGACGCGGAGGAGGCGCUGGACAAGCGCGAAAAGAUCGAGAGCUACGACCUGGAGGCCUUCAUGCGUGACGCGCACCUGGCCGGGCCGCCCGCCACCCCCGGCCUGGCCUCCCUCAUUGACAUCGUGGCGGAGCUGGUGGCGCCAAACCUGGAGCUGCGGCCGCACUGGGCGGAGCUGAACCCGCUGCAGGUGUUCAUGCUAUGCAGCAAUGAGAGCGAGGACAGCCUGCGGCCGGGCCGAGUAGUGGAUGUCAAGAUCACGUACGUCACCCGCGAUGCGCUCAAGGUGGUGCUCAUCAACACCGGCACCGAGGGCAUCGUGCGGGCGGAGGACGUCAGCUCGGCAGCGGCGGCCAGCGGGGCGCGGGUGGGCGGACCCGAGUGGCAGGCAGCCAUGCAGAGUCGGCUGCAAAGCGUGGCUCGGGCGCGGAUCCUGGCGGUGGAGGAGCAGCCGGACGCCAGCGGCGAGGGCAAGAAGUUUGUGGUGGUACUGUCGACAAAGUCCUCCGUGGUUAACGACGAGGACGGGCACUACGAGAAGCACUACUGCAAGGAGCGGGAGCCCUUCUAUGUCCCCCGCGAGCGGCUGGACGUGUCCACCAAGCGCCGAGCCGACGAGCCGCAUCGGCCGCGCGAACAGCAGGUGCUGGUGCGGCCCAUCCGCCACCCCAUGUUCAAAAACAUAUCGCAGGUUGAGGCCAACACCUCGCUGGCCAAGCCCGAGGUGCCAGUGGGUUCCGCCAUCAUCCGCCCCAACGUGCGCGGCAACCAGCACCUGCUGGACGUGUCCAUCAAGACGGCGCACGGCCCGCAGAGCGGCAACCCGGUCAUCAUGGUGGUGCAGCUGCAGGAGGCGGACAAGCCGGCGGGGAGAGCCGCUCACCUGACGCUGGCGCCGCCCUUCAGCAUUGACCUGGGCUACUGCGGACUGGGAACCGUGCAGUACGAGGAUCUGGACCAGGUCAUUGCGGACUUUGUUGAGCCCCUGGUUCAGAACUGCAUGGCCGUCACCAGCCACCGCAAGUACAUGGACGCGGCUCAGACGCUGGUGGAGGAGCGGGUGCGCACCGAGAAGCAGGCCAACCCCAAGGUGCACCCCUACUACCUGACCAUGCACAAGGGCAACACCUUUUACAUCAUCUUCUGCGUGGCCUCCUCGGUACACAAGGAGCCCUUCCACGCCACCCCCAAGGGCUUCUACUUCCGCUCCAGGACCUACUCGGACAUCGAACACGUGCUGGGGACGUUCAAGAAGCAGCCCGUGGAUCCUUCCAAGCGCGCCAGUGCGCACCACCGCACCGAGCAGCUCGGCUACUCCGCCCCCAGCGCCAACCUGCCGCACAUGCGAACCGGGGUGCAGCCCCAGGGUGGCUACACCGGUGGCAGCGGUAUGCCGUACAGCCAACAGCAACAACAACCGUACGGCAAUGGCCAGUACGGCGGUGGCGGUGGCGGUGGCGGGGGUUACCACCCAACACAGCCAUACGGCCCUGGAUCGGGUAUGUACGGCGGUGGUGGGGGCGGAGGUGCCGGCGGGCACUUCCCGCCGCCCCCACCGGCGGCGGCUGCGUACGGGUCUCAGG